UUUAAAAGGUAACCUAAAGUGGAGAAAGUUGACUUUUAGGGACACUGCUUUUAGAUCCCUCAGUCCCCUCAAGCAUCUGGACUCCUAAACUACCCAAGGUAAACCCUAGACUACAAGUAUGCCUGGUCACGUUAAACUAGGAAAGACUGGAGAACCUGACCCAGAUCCAGCUCCAUACCUAGUAGUCUCUAUGGAGAUGAAGAGGGAAGCCCAGGCCAAGCCGUAUGAUUCCAAGAAGUCCUAUUGGUGUCCUGAUGGAGAAGGAGGUUUCCUGGAAUCCCUUCUGGAAAGCAACGAGGGGGGGAAGGCAGUUGUACUCAUUGGUCAUGAGAAAAAGACGUUCAAGUCAGAGCAAGUUGGUCAAGUGAAUCCACCAAAGUUUGAGAAAUGUGAGGACAUGGCUAAUCUUACUUUUCUUAAUGAUGCUUCUGUAUUCUGGAAUCUCAAGACUAGAUAUCAGACUAAACUUAUCUAUACAUAUUCUGGUCUAUUCUGUGUUGUUGUAAACCCCUACAAGAGGUUUCCUAUCUACACUCCAACUGUAGUCAAGCUCUAUCUUGGCAAAAGGAGGAAUGAAGUGCCCCCUCAUCUAUGGGCUAUUACUGAGACUGCAUAUAGGAACAUGUUGCAGAACAGUAAGAACCAAUCUAUGCUGAUUACUGGAGAGUCAGGUGCAGGAAAAACUGAAAACACCAAAAAGGUCAUUUCAUAUCUUGCCAUGGUCGCUACCACCGGAAAGAAAUCAGAUACCAAGAAAGUGUCUCUUGAGGACCAAAUUGUGGCAACCAAUCCCAUUUUGGAAUCUUAUGGUAAUGCCAAAACAUCAAGGAAUGACAACUCCUCAAGAUUUGGUAAAUUCAUUCGAAUCCAUUUCAAUGCUUCUGGUAAGCUUGCCGGUUGCGACAUUGAAUCCUAUCUGCUGGAAAAGUCAAGAAUCACUCAACAACAGGAAGUUGAAAGAUCUUACCAUAUCUUUUAUCAGCUCCUUCAGCCAUUUGUCCCUGAUCUGAAGGCUAAAUGUAAUCUUGGAGAUGAUAUUUAUGACUAUUCCUAUGUGUCUCAAGGAAAGGUCACCGUUGCUUCUAUUGAUGAUAAUGAAGAACUGGAAUAUACUGACAGUGCCUUUGAUAUUAUUGGAUUUAGUCAAGAGGAGAAAUGGAAUUGUUACAAAUUGACUGCUGCUGUUAUGACCAUGGGAGAGAUGAGGUUCAAACAAAAGGGUAGAGAUGAGCAGUGUGAACCUGAUGCUAUGGAUAUUGCUGGAAAGGUGGCAAGCAACUUAGGAAUUGAUGCUGAAUCAGUUAUGAAAGCAUUUUGUAAACCAAGGAUUAAGGUUGGUACAGAAUGGGUCACAAAAGGACAAAAUAUUGAGCAGUCCAUGAAUGCUGUUGGUGGUAUUGCCAGGGCCAUUUUCGACCGUCUGUUCAAAUGGCUCAUUGAAAAGUGUAAUGAAACCCUAAUUGAUGCUACCAUGAAGAAGGUUAACUUUGUUGCUGUAUUAGACAUUGCUGGAUUUGAGAUCUUUGAAUACAAUGGAUUCGAGCAGAUUUCCAUCAACUUUGUAAAUGAGAAGCUUCAACAGUUUUUUAAUCAUCAUAUGUUUGUUGUUGAACAGCAGGAAUAUGUUUCUGAAGGAAUUGACUGGGUAAUGGUUGACUUCGGAAUGGAUUUGCAAGCUUGCAUUAUUAUGUUUGAAAAGCCUAUGGGUCUUUGGGCCAUCCUGGAAGAGGAGUCUCUAUUCCCUAAGGCAACUGAUAAAUCAUUUGAGGAAAAGCUGAAAGCAUCACUAGGAAAACUUCCAAUUUUCCUGAAGCCUCAAUCCAAAACAGAUAAAAAUGCCCACUUUGCCAUUUCUCAUUAUGCUGGAUUAGUUUCUUACAAUGUAACUGGCUGGCUGGAGAAAAAUAAAGAUCCAGUAAAUGAUUCAGUUGUUGAAAUUUUCAAAUCUACUGCUACCAAUGCUCUGCUUGUGCAUCUCUGGGCUGAUCAUCCUGGUCAACCUUUAGUAGCACCAAAGGAUGAUGCCAAGGGAAAGAAGAAGAAGGGCAGUGGUGGUAAAACUGUAUCAUCAGUUUAUCUUGUUCAGCUUACAUCACUAAUGAGUACUCUUCACAGCACUGAACCUCAUUUCAUUCGUUGCAUUGUUCCAAAUACUCACAAGCAGCCUGGAGCAGUUGAGGCUCCAUUGAUCAUGCACCAGCUCACUUGUAAUGGUGUUCUUGAAGGUAUUAGGAUUUGCAUGAGAGGAUUCCCCAACAGAAUUCUUUACCCAGACUUUAAACAGCGUUACACUAUUCUUGCCCAAGGAAAGGUUGAUGCAAAAACAGAAGAAAAGAAAGCAGCAUCAACUAUUCUUGAUAUGACUGAAGGUUUUGAGGCUGAAAAAUACCGCAUUGGUAACACCAAGGUAUUCUUUAGAGCUGGAGCACUUGCUCUCCUUGAAGAAAAAAGAGAUGAUAUUGUUACCAAGUUGAUCAGGUUCCUUCAAGGACAGGUCUAUGCCCGAUUUGGAAGAGAAAGAUUCCAGAAGAAGUCAAACCAAAGAAACAUGAUUAAGGUUAUUCAACGCCAGUUUAGAAACUACAUAAAAAACAGGGACUGGGGAUGGUUUGUCAUUAUCCGUAAAACUAAACCAAUGGUUGGAGUGCCUAAUCCUGAGGAAGAAUUGAGACUCCUGGAAGAGAAGGCUAAAACUGCCUAUGGAGCUUAUGAAGAACAGUUAAAUACCAAGAAACAAUUGGAGGAAGAAAAUAAUCUGAUGGUUGAUGAAAUCAAUCAACUGAAAAAGAAGCUGAAUGAUGAACAAGGUGACUUAUCUUCUUACCAAGAAAAGCUGGCAAAGCUUUCAACUCAAAAAGCUGACUUGGAGCUUCAGCUGGAAGAGUGUGAAUCUAAGCUUGCAAGUGAGGAGAGGAACAAGGCUUCAGCUGAUGAUGAUAAGAAAUCUGUUGAAAGGGAAUUUACCAACCUGAAAAGGGAUUAUGCUGAUCUUACUUCUAAGCUUGAGAAAGUAUCUGCUGAAAAGGGGAAGCGAGACCAGGUUCUCAGAGGAUUAAAUGAUGAAGUUCUUUACCAAGAUGAGACAAUUUCAAAACUUAACAAAGAAAAGAAGUAUAUCCAAGAAACUGUUGGAAAGGCAUCAGAAGACCUAAAUUCUGCUGAGGAUAAGGUUACUCAUCUCAAUGAAGUGAAGUCUAAGCUGGAGAAAACUCUUGACCAAAUGGAUGGGUCACUUGAGAAGGAAAAGCGCAUGAAGUACAACAUUGAAAAAGACAGGCGUAAAAUUGAAGGAGACCUUAAGAUGUGUCAAGAAAUGGUCCUUGAUAUUGAACGCUCCAAGAGGGAACUUGAACAAUCAAUAAUGAGAAAAGAUACUGAGCUAAACACAUUGAUGGGGAAGCUUGAUGAUGAGCAAAAUGGAGUUGGUCGCACUCAAAGAAUCAUCAAAGAACUACAAGCAAGAGUUGAAGAAAUGGAAGAAGAGUUAGAGGCGGAAAGGCAAUCAAGAUCAAAGGCAGAGAGGCAAAGAAAUGAUCUCUCAAGAGAGUAUGAUGAGCUUACUGAAAGACUUGAUGAGUCAUGUGUCACUACAGCUGCUCAAAUUGAGCUUAACAAGAAAAGAGAAGCUGAAAUAAUGAAGAUGAGAAAGGAUGUUGAGGAAUGCAACAUUCAACAAGAGUCCACUCUAUUGAGUCUAAGGAAGAAGCAUCAAGAUGCCAUUGCAGAAAUGUCAGAACAGUGUGAUCAGCUUAACAAGAUCAAAGCUAAAAUGGAGAAGGAUAAGGUUGCUGUAAAAAUGCAGCUGGAUGAUACAAGAGCAGCUAAUGACCAUGUUGUCCAUGAAAAGGCUGUGGCUGAAAAGAAUCUCAAGGCUCUCCAUGCUCAACUUCAAUCAUUCAUGAAAAAGAUUGAUGAGAGUGCUGUUGUUCUGGGAGAAUAUGAUUCAGCCAAUAAGAGGCAAAUGUCAGAAAACUCAAACCUGUACAGCAGAUUAGAAGAUCUUCUAAACAAUGUCUCUAUGCUUCAAAAGAUUAAGAUUACACUGAGCAGCCAACUGGAUGAUGCCAAAAGAAUGUGUGAUGAAGAAUCUAAAGAAAGACAGUCUCUCCUAGGAAGAUUUCGUACUCUUGAGCAUGAAUAUGAUGGAGUUAAAGAACAUUUUGAAGAUGAACAGCAACAAAAGAAUGAAGCUGGAAGACAUCUGCAGAAACUCAUGGCAGAUUCUAACAUGUGGCGUUGCAAGUAUGAGACUGAUGCUUUGGGGAAAAUUGAGGAACUGGAAAUGACAAAACUAAAGCUACAAGCUCGCUUGGCUGAAAAUGAAUCCACCAUGGAGAACCUCAACUCCAAGCUUGUUUCCCUUGAAAAGGCAAAACUACAAGUCCAGAAGGAUAUUGAAGAAAUGGCUCACCGGGUUGACCAAGUCAACAUCAUGUACAACCAAGCUGAAAAAAGAGUCAAGCUUAUGGAUAAGGUAAUCGCUGAAUGGAAAACAAAAGCAGACACUAUUUCUCUUGAGCUGAACAAUUCUCAGAAAGAAUGCCGUAAUGCUUCUGCUGAGCUAUUCAGAGUUAAGAAUGGUUAUGAUGAAGCAGCCUCUCAAUUAGAUGAUGUUAGGAGAGAAAACAGAUCUUUAAGUGAUGAGAUCAAGGACCUGAUGGAACAGAUAAGUGAAGGUGGUAGAUCUAUCCAUGAGAUUGAAAAGCAGAGGAAGAAACUGGAAGCUGAGAAGAAUGAACUUGAACAAGCAUUGGGGGAUGCUGAGUCUGCAUUAGAGCAGGAAGAAAAUAAAUACCUACGUCUUUCUUUGGAGGUUAAUCAGGUUAAGGCAGAUAUUGAAAAGAGGAUUCAAGAAAAAGAAGAAGAGUUCGAGGGCACAAGGAGAAACCAUGCUAAAGUUAUGGAACAGAUGCAGUGUGCCAUUGAACAAGAAAGCAAGUCAAAGGCUGAGGCAAUAAGAAUGAGAAAGAAGUUGGAACUUGACAUCAAUGAACUUGAGUCUGCUCUUGAUCAUGCUAACAUGGCCAACAUGGAGCUCCAGAAGAGUAUCAAACUCUAUCAGGAAAGAAUCAAAGACAAAACUAUGCAGUUUGAGGCUGAACAAGUCGCCAAGGAUAGAGCCAGAGACUACAUGUUGAAUGCUGAAAGGAAAGCCCAUUCCAGCCAAAAUGCUCUUGAAGAAACCAAAACCAUGCUUGAGCAAGCAGAUCGUGCUAGGAAGCAGGCUGAACAGGAACUCUGUGACACAAAUGAACAACUUGCUGAUCUUACUGUCCAAAACCAGGGGCUCUACAGCUCAAAGAGGAAAUUGGAGAGUGAUCUUGCAGAUUUGAGGAGUGAGGGUGACGAAGCUGCUGCAGAAGCUCAUGACACUGAGGAGAAGGCCAAGAGGUACAUGAUGGACGCAGCAAAGUUGGCCGAUGAGCUUAGAUCUGAACAGGAAAAUGCCCAAAUCUUGGAGAAAGAAAAGAGAGAAAUGGAAGCUAGGACAAAAGAUCUUCAGAUUCAACUUGAUGAUGCAGAGACUAAUGCUAUUAAAUGGGGACGUAAGAUGGCAGCCAAGCUUGAUGCUAGAUGCAGAGAACUUGAAGCUGAGCUUGAUGCCGAGCAAAGACGUUCCGGUGAUGCUUACAAAAAUCUAAAGAAGGCUGAGAGAGGAAUUAAAGAAUAUACUUUCAGAUCUGAGGAGGAUCGUAAGAAUGCUGAACGAAUGCGGGAUUUGGUUGACAAGCUUCAACAGCAGAUCAGGACUUACAAGAAGCAGAUUGAAGAGGCGGAGGAGAUUGCUUCCACUAACCUUGCCAAGUUCAGGAAGGCUCAGGUUGAUCUGACAGAAUCAUGUGAACGGGCGGAUAUUUCAGAGCAGGCCUGCGCCAAGUAUAGAGCCAGAGGAAGGAGCCAGUCAUUGGCCAGAGAUUAUUAAAAUUUCUUCAUCAGAAUUUAAAAUGAAUACUUGAUAACGACUAAAAGCCUAAUGGAAUACAAAACUGCUGAUCAAUAUUAUUUGUUUUU